GGCAGUCAGAAAUCAGCCAAGGCUUGCGGUGAGAGCUUCAUAUUUAGGUACCUGGCAUCCUAACUCGCCAGUUCCCGAUCUGACCAUCACUGAGCAACCCGAAAUAAAUUGUUCGUGGCUUGGUUCACUGUCUGGAACCUACGACUGCGAUCCACUGGUGUGAGAGCCGAUUGGUGAUCCUCGCUGUUUUCCUGAUCUUUGCUGAGGAGUUCGGACACAAUACAAUACGGUUCACUGUAGCGUGUACCGCCUUCCCACACAGCGCUCCGCGUGGUCUGCGGUGUACGGUGCUAGUUGUGUAGCUUGUGUAGGUAGCAGGCUCCACUGUUCAGUUUGUAGGAUGGCGCUAAGGUGUGGCGUAUUGCGGACGCUGGCGUCCCUACUCCUUGUAUGCUUACUCGCUUCGCAGCGGACCACAGCAUCAAAAUGCGAAGCUCAAAACUUCCUCUUAGCGUUUCGAGCUGCGUUAGACCUACGCCUGCUGAGCAGAAGACCCGAAGCAGCCUUGGGCACGAGCAAGGUGGAUGUGGUCGGGCCGCGCGGCGAGAGUGUGAGAGCGCUAAGCUUUCACGGCAGCAACAACAACCUGGUGGUAGACGCGGAGACGCUCUUCCCCUGCGGAAUCAGCAGCGUGUUCUCGCUCAAGAUCACCUUCAGGUGGACGUCCGGUGUUCGCUCCGUGCUGCUAUCAGUCAUCAAGGGAACGAGCAAGCCCAUGUUCGAUAUCUCUAUCAACCCAAAGUCCAGUAUCAAGCUGACGAUCAAGGGAACUGCCGUGGAUGCUAUCGACCAGCCACAGCUGGACAUUGACAUGUUUCAGGACAUUCGCCACAACACGACGCACACGCUGACGCUGCGCGUGGACAGGCACAGCGCCCGGGCCAGAGUGGACUGCGGGGAAUGGCGCAUCAUCGGAUUCCCUGGCCUGGUGGCCGUCUCGCCAGAAGACCUGGACGACAUUAACGUUCGGAUGGGCUGCAGACGACGAAGUGCGGCGCACGGAGGCCAGCAGUUCUUUGAGGGAGUCAUCUCGGAGUUCAGCUACUACACGGACCCAGCCGAGGCCAACGCUCUCGCCUGCUCAUCUCACUCGGCAGACGCAGCAAGACAAAGACAAAAUAUCCGUGGCCAUGGACAAAACAACCGGGCGCUGGUGGGAGCCAGCAUGCCUAUGCCCUGCCGCCCCGCCAAUAUCGGUCUCACUUGGUACAACCCGGACUCAAAGGCGCUAAAAGUGUGCGAUGGCGAGCGGUGGACGGAACCGAGAAAAAGCGGUCAAUGUAGCGUCGAAUAUAUCGACCACUACCAGAACUUCGAUUUCUCGCACAUCGUGGACCUGGAGCCAUUCCGCAUGCUGAUCACCGACCGCCUAUCCGAAGACGAGCGUCGGGAGUCGCCCACAACGCAGCAGUACGAGCCGUUCGUCGUGGCCAGCCGCAUGAACUACAAUGCGCCCGUGCCACGCCGCUGCAAACUGAGCAUCGUCUACCGGUGGGGGCGCGAGGGAGGCUGGCACGCGUACGACCACCUGCCACGCAGCAUUUGCAACGCCGGCUAUGCAAAGGCAUUCAACUACAACGGCAUCGAGUUCCUGGCCGUGCUGGAUCGCGGACAGGAUCCGCACGAGACCAUCGGAAACAUUGUCGUGUUCCAGUGGCGACAGGAUCGCUGGGAUCAUCAGAAGCGUAUGAUUCAGGCCGAUUCCAGUGUCAUUGCGCAAGUGGAUGUCACCAGUGAAUGGGGCGAGCAGUUCGACGUCUUUCACAUCGGCAGCCGGACGUUCGUCGGCGUGGCGGAGUACCGCGACGACAUCCCGUGCAGCGAGGUCAAGGACCGGCAGGACGACUGCGCCUACACGGCGUUCGCCACCGUCUACGAGCUCAAGGAAUCCGGCGCGCUGCGCUACAGCAGCGUGUUCCGCGUGGUCUCGCACGGCGCCACCAAGGUCAAGCACAUCCACGCGCCGGAGACGAACGAGGACUUCCUGUUCAUCUCGAACAGCAUGGACUCUACGCCGCAGCGCUCUACACAGGGCAGCGUGCUCGUCUACAAGUGGAACCCGGCGACGGGCACGUUCGACGACAACCAGACCAUACCAGCCGAGGGCGUAAGCAAGCUCGAGACGUUCUUACUCAAGGGCACGCCGCAUGUGGUAUUCUCCUCCCUGGUCAGUCAACGAAUGGAGCGAGAUCCGCCGCUCAAGUUUCAGCUGACCGCGCCGAUCUACAGGUAUGAUUCUCUGCAGCGGCGCUUCGUGAAGUUCCAGGAGAUCGAGACGGACAAGAGCACCGGUGUGAAAUAUGUGUCGGUGUGCGGUCGCUCCAUGCUGGCCCUGACCAGCCGCUCCACGCCGGAGCUGGAAAACCCGCAGCGCACGUCCUACCUGUACGCCUGGAAGGGCAUCCUGGGCUUUCAGGCCUACAUGCCCUUCUCUCUGAACAAGGUCUGGGACGUGGAGCACGUCGAGAUCAACGGAGAGCACUACCUGCUCACGAGCUCACAUGACGCAGCGCCCUCACAGACACUAAAGGUGAUCACGAGUUCAUGAUCUGGACGUGUUUGCUCUGCGCUUGAUCACGAAUUCAUGGGUGCUUGCUCUGGCUCGCCCGCUAUCCAUCGACAUUUCACGCGGCCGUUGACGAAGAUCCAAGUGAUCACAAGUUCAUAAUCCCGAAGUGCUUGCUUCAGCACCCCCCACUAUGCUGUGCCAUUUCACAUGGCCGUUGACGAUAAUCAAUUGAGACAACUAUUAUAACAGAAAAUAUAGCCUUUGGAAGAGACCGGCGAUUGCUCGGUGCUCCCGCGUCCCAUAUAUUAUUAUCAUUAUUGUGCAUCGUUUUCAUGCACUGAGACAAGACAUUUUCCGGGAAUUAUGCCAGCCUUCACGCAGUUACUCCGGUGUCUUCUGCUGAGUAUACAGUUUACCUUUAAGUAUAGGAACCGUUAUUCAGCAACAAGUUGAUCGGAGCAAUUUUUAAAAUUCUUCUCCCCUUCCCACAACCGAUAUGAGUUGAAAUUCUAAAUAACGAGCCAUAACAUUUCCACCAUUGCUUAGAGACCACGCUCGUGACCAAGACCCUUGUAGUUAGGGUCAUUGACAAUUUGACUUCUAAAUGUUUUAACACCCGGCAAUGGACCACGUGUGGCACACAACCUAUAAUGUCGCUGAAUCUCUUAUCCGCUGUAAAAACUAUAAUUUGUGCUGUUGAGUUCCGCUAUCGUGCUUACAUUGAUAAGUGAUUGUGUAUCCACCGUGUUACUACUAUGUCACGAUGUUUUAACCACACAAGAGAGCCCAGUGCCCGCAUGUUGAUGCCAUCCA